AUGAAUUUAUCGAAAUACUCAAAUGAUUUUCCAAAUUUAUUGUACAUCAUUCGCAAUAAUCGAAAUCUAAAAUAUCCAGAGUUUACCACAUUUGAAUCAAGAUUGAAAACGUUUGAUUUAUACACUUUGAAAUAUCCAGACAAAUUUUCUUUGUACGAGACUCGUUUCAAAUACUUAGGCACUAGAGAUUGUACUCAAUGUUUUAAUUGCGGUGUAGUUCUAAGUGAUUGGGCAAUUGUAGAUAAUCCUCGGAAAGAACGUGCAUUCCAUUCGUCAAAAUUUACAUUUGAAUAA